AUGGCCUUCCGUAGCUGGAAGUGGCUCCUCCUCGUGGGCAGGCAGAACACCUUUGCCAAAGCUUGGAGGAGCAGGAGGGGCGGUCCCUCCUUGCGCUGGAAGCGCUGCUGUCAUUGGAGUGCCGGCAAGUCUCUGGACCCCGAGGUGAAAGCGUUUUUAGAGGAGAACACAGAAGUCACCAGCAGUGGGCACCUCACACCAGAGAUACGACUGCGCCUCCUCACCCCUCGCUGCAGGUUCUGGAGGGAAAAACCUGACCUGUGGCCUUAUGGGGACCCGUUCUGGGCAAUUUACUGGCCAGGAGGCCAAGCCCUCUCCAGGUAUAUUUUAGAUAAUCCACAUGUUGUUAAGGGACGAUCAGUUUUGGAUCUUGGAAGUGGAUGUGGAGCAACAGCAAUAGCUGCUGUGAUGAGUGGUGCAUCACAAGUCCUUGCUAAUGACAUUGACCCUAUUGCAGGAAUGGCAAUGAUCUUGAAUUGUGAAUUGAACCACCUGAAUCCCUUCCCCAUCACCAUUAAGAACAUCAUUAAUUCAGACGUUGGCAAAUGGGACCUAAUUGUUCUAGGAGAUAUGUUUUAUGAUGAACAACUUGCUGAUGGCCUGCAUCACUGGCUGAGGAAAUGCAUCAGGAUACAGCAAACUGAAGUGCUCAUUGGUGACCCUGGCAGGCAUCAGUUUUUAACCCACAGCAUUCGCAGUCAAUUGCACAAAGUUACAGAAUAUUCACUUACUGAGCAUACUAGACAAGAAAACAAUGGAUUAACUUCAAGUACUGUCUGGAGUUACCAGCCCUCAAAUAGCUCAGAAAACUGUUGA